GGUAAAUCCAACAACGAUGACAAGAUGUACUUUUUGACUGAAAACUCUCUUUAAAAAUCUUUUUACUCGUUCUGAUGGCUAAUUGGAACAGCAAUGAUGGGCUUAGAAACCAGAGGAAGCGAACUUUUAUCUAUAAGUCUGCUGGUCAAAACAGACCUGUGGGAAACCCAGUAAAAGGUGAUCAAAAUUUGACAACUGGGAACAGUCCUAGCUAUUCUCGACCUCGUAAAAAGGUCAAAAGUUCUUAUAGUUAUUAUGAAAAAACAAGAAGCGAUCAACAGGCUGCAGAAGAGCURUGCAGUGAUCUACCUGCUGAUGCAUUCGAGGACGACCUCGGGGUUGAUUUUGGGGAUGAUCUGACUGCAGAAGAGCUCUGUAAAGCGGCUUCUGUUGCUGAACAAGAAAUGGCUUACGAGGAAAAGAAAGGCAUCAUAAAUGAAAAUAUAACAAACGAUCGACCUGUAGAGGAAGAUUAUUUUGAAGAUUUAGCUUUGGAUCAAGAUAUAUUAGACGAAGCCACGGGAAAGCAACUACAUAACAAUGUUUGCCAUCCAGCUACUACGAUAGCUACUUGCACUUCUGGAGCUAUUAAUGAUGAAACACGUUUUGAAACUUCAGCACAUGAAUCGACUGUAUUGCUUUUCUCUACGCCUAGUUGUUCGACAUCCCGAAAUACUGAAGCUAUAAUGCAAGGAAACGCUACAGAAGGAAGUAAGACUCAUGCUAGUAAUGGGUGUGCUAWUGGAAAUACAGGAUUAUUUGAAAAGUUAACACUUAUAAAGUCUAAGCUACUGGAUGCAGAAGACAAAAUCAAGAAAUUAGAGGAAGAUAAGUUCUUAAUGGAUGGAAAGCUGAAAACCAUGAAUGACACUCUGGCACAUCAUGAGGCUGUAGAUGCCAAGCAGCGAGAGAAAAUAAGAAUGAUAGAAGAAGAAAAGAGGAAAACAGUUGAUGGAACAGAAAAAGAACUGAGAAAACAAAUUGAGCAUCUAACAACACAGAUUUACUUCAAAGACCAAGAAAUUGCCCAGGCCAAAGAACAAGUAAAAAAACAAAUGCAAUUAUCAAAUGAAAAUAUUCACCUCAGCCCUCAUAGAAAAAAGUAUCCAAAACUCACAGAUAAUUCAUCAAUCCCAACAGGACAGUCAUUUUUUGAGAAGAAGCCAUCAGAUAUGCAGUCGUCACCUAAAAACAAGGUUUUAAAGCCUCAAAAGUCUCCAGUAAAAAGUGAACCAGAAGUUGUGAGACCUGUUUUGGGAAGUUCAUCUGCCGAGUCUUCAGAUUCGAGAGCAUUUGAAAUAAAAUAUGUUAAAAAGGAAAAGGAUAAUUUGGAUGGAAGUGAAAAUGAAUUCCUACAAAAGCUUUUGAAGCUGGAAAAUAUUGGAGUAAAAAGUAUGUCUUCUGAUUUUGAAGUAUGCAGCGUCAAUCAAAGUAUACUGUCAUUAUUGAAUUCAAGCUCAAGAGUUGGCCAAAUUGAACAAUCUAGGAGAGAAGAUAAUACAGAGAUACAAAAACUCUUGAAACAACGAACGUGUACCCCAAAGAAAGGAAUAGAAUUAGAUUUUGAUGUAGAACCCAAAGACAAUGGACUACGGCAAUCUGUCUAUGAUAAUAUUCAGGAACUUUUGAAUGCUCAGCCAUUAAUUUUCGGUGAUAAACAUGAAGCAUGUUUGGAUUUAGUUUCAAAUUGCAAGGCUUCAAACUUUCUAGAUUCUCAUCAAAAGUCACCAUCUGUGCAAGGUUUUCUGCCAUUACUAGAAUAUCAUAUAUCCCAGUAUAUAGAUUUACGCCUAGAAAAUGACGAGGAAAGUUUGUCCAGCACAAGUUCUCCUGGUUCGCCUGGAGAGGGAGGUGAAAUGAGGCAGCCAGUAGAUAAAGAUGGGUCUAUUUCACUUUUGGAAGCAUUAGAUGGUGCAGUUCAGUCUCUAAGGUGUUUGAAUAUUCUGGUUCUGCACAGUGAUGAUGUCUGUCAGCUGUUAUUAAGGUCAUCAAAAGUUUUUUCAAGUCAUGAAAAUGAAGUAGAAGAAUUAAUAGGAACAAGUAGUGGAGUACAAAAGCAGUCCUAUAACUCCAGUGAAGAAAAACCUGAUUUGCUUAAUUUGGUCUUUAAGCUUACGGUACCACUACAAAAUGAACCACUGUUGGUUACCCAAGUGGCACUGAAUGUCAUAUCAUCACUGGCUCAACGUUGUCCAUCAGAGUACAGGAACAGGUUUCUUCCACUGUUAUGUGAUACAUUAUUGCCUCAAUGUAUUUCAAGGGACAGUGGUGCAACUGUGAUGUCUCUGCUGGUACCAAUCCUCAUGGUUACUGCAUCCAUUCCUUCUCUAAUAAAACAUCUUUGCUCUCAGUCAGAUGAAUGCCUUUUGUUGAAAGUUUAUCAAGGUUGCUUGAGUGACACUGAUGAUUUAUCUUAUCACACCAUAUUUGAGGUUAUAGAUCUAAUUGAGACAAUCUUAUCAAGUAAAAAUGAGGCAAUCCCACUUUUCCUUGAUUCAGAAUGCCAUUGCAGUCUUGAGUUAAUAAAAUACCUGGUGCUUCUCUUGCACAAAAGGAUGGUCUUUCUUAGAAAUUUUCCUCCAGAAACUCUUAAGGUUAAUCAUAAUAGCAGAGAUAGUUUUCUGCUCUUGCGCCGUGGAAUGUUUUUACUGGCCACCUUGCUUACAAAUUCAAGUAGACUGCUAGCAGAUCUGCAUGUGGAAGUUGAGCAACAAUAUGUCAACCUUAUCAUUGGUGCAACACGUCUUUAUGCCACAAUCAAGGAUAUACCAGAUGGAGAAGGCAUGUUAUUGCAAGACCUUCUGGAUUUUGAACAUAUUGAAGAUGAUGAAGUACAGCAAGAUUAUGAUGAAGAUGGCAUAGAAGAAAUGGAUGUUGACACUUGAUCGAAACAUCACUGAUAUCCAUACAUGUAAAUAGUCUGUAAUAUUUAGUGAACUAUAGCACCCCACCUACCAUUUGAAGUCUAACAAUUCAUGGUCCCCUCUCAGACAAUAGAGAAACCAAUAACCAUUGCAGGAAAGAGGACAUACCGAUAAAUUGCGUCGGCAAAUCAUGAGUGCUCGAAAAUGUUCCUUAUUUCAAAUUUUCCCUUUGUUUCUGUGGUCAAAAACAUUUUCCUCCAGUUUUCCAAUUUCUUCCAAUUUCCUCCAGUAUUUCAUCUUAUUUACCACAAUUUUUGUCAUCUAGCCAUCAAAAUGUUGUGGACACAUACAAGGCAGAGUCAAGUCGGAAAACUGGAGGAAAUUGGUGAACUUACUAUUGGUUAAUUGCCAAAAUGUUGAUUGACAAAAUUAAUAUCGCCAUGUUCAUUUUUACCUAUUGUGAAUAUCUUCAACUUACUUUAUCGUUCGAUAUCCAUAUUUUUCAAAAAUUAAAGUUCUAUUUUGUUUCAAAAAUAGAAAUUUACUUAUUCAUGCAAGUAGAUAGAGUAAUAGUUGUUCAAUUUGAACUUUAGCAGAAUAAAUUUUGUGAAAACCAAGUAAGGGUAACAGAGUAAAGACAGAAUUCUCCAACGAUUUUCUUGUCAAUUUUAGAAAAACAUGCAAAAAAAUGAAACAAAGGUAUGGUCUUGAAUAUAUUUUGU